AUGGGACACAUUCGUUCCAUUGAUUCUGCUUGCAAGGUAAACGUGGUUUCUAUCAUAUCUGAUGGCGCUGACCUAUCGAAUUUCGAGUCGGACCUGGGGUCAGACGACAAGGAAGAUGUGCUUGUUGACAAUCUUGUGAAGGCAGCUCGAGAAGGAUUCUCUUUUUCCAACUUAAACUUCAAAGGUGGCGCGACUAAAGCUGAUGUUAGCCGUAUGCGUGAGGAAGCCAUCAAGGAGAACAACAACCGGAAAACCGCAAGACCUUGCCUUGCUCUGUCUCUAUGCAACUCGCAAAACCUAUUUCAGAAGAAGAUGGAAGACCUUAUGAGAAUCUCACAGAAGGAAAUUUUGGACACCAUGACCAAGUACUGUACUCGUUCUCACGCUCGACCACCGGUUGAUCGUCCACCCGAUAACACCGGAGAAUCAAAUGUACCGGGAAGAGACUCGAACCCUUUUGUUGUGUCCGACAUAAUCCAGGAAGCUAUGCGAUUUGCGAACAAGGAGUCAGCUCAUACACGUCAAGAAACUCGAGAAAAUGUGGUUGGUGGUCAAAGGGGACAACCUUGCGAUGAGGAUAUUUUCUCCGAGUCUCUCAGGUCUGAAGAACACGAAGCUAUGGAUCACGGCGGAGGGGAUGAGUUAAACCCGAAUCACGGAGACCGGGAAGAGGACCCACUUGUAGCGUACAUGUUCAACGGAGAGGCUGACGACAUCGGGGAUGUUGGGGCUUGUCAAGAUACCGUAACAAACCCCAACGUCGACAGGGAAGACGCGGAAACGGUCGCAACUGGACUGUCCUUUCCAGAUCCUUCAUUUUCUAUUGGCCUCACCCAAAUGGACAAAUCAAACGCUCAAGCUGUGGAUCAUGGAGCACACCCAAAAAACUGGGAGGAUCCAUUACCGGAGUCCAACGUCGAUAAAGAAGCUCCGAUACUCAACAGGAAAAGCAAGCGAGCUAAAAUUGUGCCAAGAAACCUUGUCGGGGAUUACCAGUGCGACAAACGGUUCCUCACUCGUGCAUGGGAAUCGUUUGUUAAUGCGAUCCGCAGCACCCCAAGCAUCGACUAUGCCGCAAAAUUUGUGUUGCUAUUGGAGGUACUCGGCGGAUCACCAUUGUAA